AUGCCUGUUGACAAUGAGGUUGAAGGAGCUGCCGCAGCAGCUACCACUGACUCCAUCAGACAUGUUGCUGGCAAUGCUGAUGGCGAUGCUGCCCAAAUUGCAAGAGUGUCAAUACGGAUUCCUCCAUUCUGGCACGCCAAACCCGCUCUUUGGAUCGCACAAAUAGAAUCCCUGUUUGCUGCAUCUGGUAUAACGAAUGACAAAACUAAAUACCAUACUGUUGUAGCAGCCAUCGAAAGCAGUGUCUUAUCACAAAUCAGCGACAUAGUGCUUAAUCCACCUGUGGAAAACAUGUACGACACAUUAAAGGCACGACUCUUGGAACAAUAUGCUGUUUCAGAGCAGAAACGUAUAAAAAAGCUUUUACAGGAUUUGGAACUUGGCGACAUGCGUCCAACACAAUUGCUUCGCGAGAUGCGAGAUUUGGCUGGAAACGAGAUGAACGACAACAUGCUCAAAUCUGUCUGGAUGAACCGACUACCACCAAAUGUGCGCACCGUAAUUUCCAUAAGUAGUGAUCCACUGGACAAACUGGCUACACUCGCCGACAAAAUAAUUGAGGUUAGCGACUCACCGCACGUCAGUGCAGUUUCUGUACCACAGAACGCAUCUUCAUCACAAUCAACACUUGAACAGCAGAUCAACUUACUUGUCAAAGAAGUGGCUGAGUUGAGGACAAAGUUUUCCCAACGUCCACGUAACAGGUCUCGCUCCCGCAGCCGUAGCGAAUCAAAAGAUAACGAUUCUUUUAAGGAACUUUUGAAUGAGUUCAAGGAUAUCACUCAAGCUAAUUCAACUACAAAAGCAGUGAGGCAUGAUAUAACGCACCAUAUAGUAACGAAAGGUCAGCCUGUCUUUGCUAAACCAAGACGUCUCAGCCCCGAAAAGUUGAAAGUGGCCAAAGCCGAAAUACAAACACUUAUGGAUCAGGGUAUAUGUCGCCCAUCACGAAGUCCUUGGGCCUCACCUUUACACAUGGUUCAGAAGAAGAACGAACUAUCGGAAAGUCAGGUUAACGACGAGGAACUUAAAGAAUUUUUAGAGGACGACUCGAACUUAAAAAUUAAGGAAAUUGAAAUUCCUGGCACACAGUUGGUGAUAUUUUGUGACGUCUCGACUGGUAGAGCACGACCAUUUUUAACACCGCCUUAUCGUAGAAUAGCUUUUGAUUCAAUGCAUAACAUUAGUCACCCAGGCGUAGCCAGAACCACGAAAAUAAUUUCUGAACGUUUCAUUUGGCCAGGAAUGAGAAAAGAUUGCAGAAAAUGGUGUAAGGAAUGCAUUCCAUGUCAACGAAGCAAGAUCCAUCGACAUAACGAAGCCCCGAUUUCUAAUUAUGCUCUUCCUGGUGCAAGAUUCGAACAUGUCAACAUCGAUAUUGUGGGACCCCUGCCGCCAUCCAUGGGUUAUCGUUACUGUCUCACAUGUGUUGACCGCUUUACCCGUUGGGUCGAAGCAUACCCCGUGGAGGACAUUACUACCGAAACUAUAGCAUUUACGUUUUAUCAACAAUGGAUAUCUCGGUUUGGCGUCCCUCAGAGAAUUACAACGGACCAGGGCAGGCAGUUUGAGUCGAAUUUGUUCCGAGAUCUCAACAAUCUUCUAGGUAUUACACACCUAAGGACAACUGCAUAUCAUCCUGCCGCUAAUGGAUUAAUCGAGCGAUAUCAUCGAGUAAUUAAAUCCGCAAUAAAGUGCUAUCAAACUGAAAAAUGGGUGGAAGUGUUGCCACUCAUAUUACUUGGUUUGUGUAUAUCCUACAAAGAGGACAUUAAAGCUUGUCCAGCAGAAUUGGUUUACGGGUGUACUCUUCGAGUUCCUGGAGAGUUUUUGACAGAUACAAAGUCUAGGAAAGUCGUCUCCCAAAGUGACUUUGUUAAUGAUUUACGUUCUGGAAUGCAAAGUAUAAGACCUCAACAAACUUCCAACCAUGCUAAGAGGACACCUUUCAUCGAGAACUACUUGAGCACAUCACCAGCUGUAUUCGUUCGUACAGAUGCGGUACGUCGACCUUUACAACAACCUUAUGAAGGCCCAUUUGAAGUAAUCAAGCGUUUUGACAAAUUUUAUAAAAUUAAUAUGAAUGGCAAACCAGUUAACGUAAGCAUCGAUCGUUUGAAAGCAGCAUUUAAUUGCAUAGAACAACCACAACCGGACACAACUUUAACUAGUGAAGAACCAGCCACAACCAGUGAAGAACCUGCAGCCUACACGACAGCCUCCGGAAGAAGAGUUCGUUUUCGUGUUCCUUGGGAAGGGGAAUAA